GUGUGAAAACAAAAUUUAUUCAUUCCACUCUUAGGUCGUAUCAACAUUUUGAAAGGGAAAACGUUGUUAUAGCAACAGAGCAAAAAUUUAUUGCGAACAGAAAACACAAAACGGAACAGGAAUAAAAACAAGUUAAAUAUGCCGAAGCCAGCAAGUUCUAAGUACAAGAAAUUCUCGGCGGUCAUAGACCCAAACAAACACGCGGCCAAGUUAAAAGAAAUCGAAGACCGGCACGCGGAAGAGUUGGACAUGUUCUUUGGAUACGAAGAAGAGGGCGAAGAGGAAUGCAGUGAAUUCGAAAAUGUAGAGAGCGAAUUCAGUUUAUCCGAAGGCGACCCCGCCCUACAAAUCGGAAGGAUUGAUCUCUCGUUUCCCGAGACAAGGGAAGAGUUCCAGGACAGUCCCCAAUGCUACCCGCCAUCUUACUACACCCUGUCCCCGAAAGAAAGACUCCUCCUGCUCUAUGCCGAAAACUUCCGCAAGCAGUUUGUACUAAACUAUCCCCGCCGUCGUGCUUUGGUGCUUGCCCUGCCUAACGAAUGCAAAGUACAGAAAUUCGUAUGUACCACAAUAAGGCCGACUGCGUUCGCCUACCCAGAGCUGAUAUCAAGUGUUGAGGAAAUUUCAAAGUUUGUUGCUGACUUUGUUCAAUAUGAGCCAAUGGACGAUGAAACUAAUUUGCCAACUCGCCUCAUAUCCCCGGAUACGUUGCUUCGAAAACGCCGUGGAAACUCGUACGAGAUGGCAACGCUGUUGGCCAGCAUGCUCAUUGGUGCUGGCCAUCCAGCUAUGGUCGUGUCUGGGGUAGCACGUCAAGAAACUGUUCACAACGAUCAACGCAACGUGCCGUAUCCAUAUCCCAUCGUCACUGAAGACGAUGUUGAGCAGGAAGAGGCCAAGGAAGAGAAGCCCGCCAAGUACAAGCUGCGCGCUUUACCGGACUUGGAGAGCCAUCUGGAGGAGGAAAUGGCCGAGAUCCACAGACGCAGGGCCGAAGAGCACAGUCGAAUAGAAAAUGAGCUCUUGCGAAAGCAAAUGGCGGAGCUUGAACUUCUAGCAGUCGAUCGAUAUCACUAUCGUCGAUCUCACGCUUGGGUCGCAGUUAUUAAUAACGCGCCCUGGAGUAUAAAGCCGAAAAUCACUUAUACGGACGUGAAUGGAGAUGUUGUGGAAGCCCCACCCACUGCCAUAUUCAUAGAGCCCUCCACGGGAUUCAUGUGUGAGUCGGGCUGUAAGCAGUACAUUCUGAUCGACAGCGUCUGGAAUCAAUAUAAUUACUAUGUCAAUAAGCAAACUUAUCAGCGAGUCAGUGAGUUGCGCUGGGACCUUCGGGAAAUCGCUGAUUGGGGACACAUGCUGCCAGGAGAGCCGCCGGAAAUGCGCACCUACAAAGUGUCUUCAGAUGAAAACAUCGCGGACGGCGACACCGAUAUAAAUGAGGAAAAGCAUUUAGACGCUAUUUGCAGCUGGGUGAAUCGACUUCACAUCGGCUACGCGGACUACGAGCACCGUUUCCCAAAGUCGGAGAAAAAGGUGCAGUAUUAUGGGGCCAUUCACGAACGGUUCUCGCCGUACUCGCAACGGGACGGCAAGGUGAUGCAGCUGACACUCUUUAAUGACAAAAUGUGCACCGAUCCAAAAGUCCGCUACGAAUACUAUAAGAACCGAUUUGACCUAAUGGAACAGUUGGUGUAUACGUAUGAAAAUGAUCACUAUGAGGAGCGCUUUGCCAAAGGCCGCACUGACAGUUUGAAAUCCAUUGAGUAUUUCUCGGAUUCAUCAUUGCCCCGAAAACUAAAGUUUAUCUCCAGCUCUAGACUAGAUACACUGGAAACUAUAGACUUGACUCCGGGAUUGAUCAUUCUAAAUUAUACGGGCCAAGGUGACAGGUGUUGCUACAGGGAGUAUCUAUACAAACCCAACGGCGUAGUGCUUAAAAAAGUGGUUGAAAAAUUCCAUCGAGCCGAGAAGGACGACAUUGUAGCAAACGACAUUGCGAGCAGAACGUUUUUGUUUCAGCAAAACAAAAUUAUUAUCAAAUUCCACUACACCUUCGGAGCUCUUACUGCUACCACAGUAGAGUUCACAAAGCCCCCGAAACCAGAUUACGGGACGGAAUUGGUAUACGAUGAGAAGUUAACCAAGAUAUACAGGGCAAAUCCAUUGGAUCCGAUACGGACUAAUCUGGAGUUGUACAAAUUGCUAUUAGAGCAACUGCAGUCAGAGGAUCGAAUAAAAAAGACUUUCAUUGCCGUUCAGGACGAUAUCAGCAAUAUUUUCGAUCAGCGCAAUAGGGAAAAGACGGACCCCAAACUGAAGUUUAGCUUGUUCGACCCAUUACGCAAUGGAGCUGCUCGUGCACUCCGAAUGCAACAGUUUAAAGAAGAACAGGAGAAGAAGCGCGAACUGUCCAGUAAGCCAGCGGACUUCUUGGCUCCGUAUUUGGUACCAUUCAAAGAUCAGGAUGAACUAACUCAGGAGCAAUCUGUGGCUGCAUACAAUGCCUGCCUGAAUGAUCUUAAGUCCCUAUUUGUCACUUUGCUCAACAAUUUACAAAGGCAAUACGAAGACCUCACGAGCGAGGCGAAAUCUUUAAACCGUUUCUUAAACAAGUUCGAGAAUCAAUUUGACAAUUUCGACUAUAAUCGUCUGGUACAGCAGGCCAAGGAUCUAGAACUCAGAAAGCGAAUGGUCCAGCAGCGCCUAACUCUAACUCACCAGGAGUCUCAGAAGAAGUAUGAAUGGGUGAAGGCUUCACUGCAAAAAGAUCCUCGAUUAAAUUUGAAAAUGGAGGAAGAAAAGGAAUCCGACGAAUAAAAUUUGUAAUGAAAACGGAAUUA